UCAUCCGAAAUGGCAGCAGGACACAGCACCACCACCAGCAGCAGCGGCAGCAUCACGCACAAACACCUCUUCCUCGCCCUCAUCAGCACCAGUACCGUAACUACACCGACAACAGCGCAGCCACAAACUAUCAAGAUGCUGCAUUCAUGCACUGGAGAAACAGAAUGGCGCAUGCAGCAGGAGCUCCUUUUCAAAGUCCUGGUUGUCGGGGAUCUUGGUGUCGGGAAAACGUCUAUUAUCAAGCGGUACGUUCAUCAGAUCUUCUCCCAGCACUACAGAACCACCAUCGGGGUUGACUUCGCGCUGAAAGUUCUGCAGUGGGACAGUGACACUGUGAUCCGGCUGCAGCUGUGGGACAUAGCAGGACAGGAGCGGUACGGGAACAUGACCCGUGUCUACUACAGGGAGGCGGUGGGAGCACUGGUGGUGUUUGACGUGACGAGGGCCUCCACGUUUGAGGCUGUGCUGAAGUGGAAGGAUGACCUAGACGCUAAGGUGACUCUGAACCAUGGGAGACCAAUUCCGGCUGUUCUGCUUGCCAACAAGUCAGACCAAAUAGCGUGUCAGCUGCCCAAACUGGACUUCUUCUGCAGGGAGAACGGGUUUGUGGGCUGGUUUGAGACUUCUGCAAAGGAAAACACAAACAUCGAUGAGGCAGCGCGCUGUUUGGUGGAGCACAUCAUGAACAACGAGGAGAGCUCAGUGUCAGAGCGAGAGCCCACCUCCAUCCUUCUGUCGGGAUAUGCCAGCACCGCAAGGAGUCCUUUAAACUGUUCUUCAUGUUUAAAAUAAUCACAUAAGAUCAGUGAAGAAAGAUCUGAAAGAACAGUUCCUUUUAUAAGUUACAUGUAGUAAGUAAGAACAUUAUUUAAAGCUGUGCUCACACUCCAAUAUAGUGGAGUAAAUAAAGUGGAGCACAAACAGCAAGAGAGAUUUGUUUUUUAUGGUUUUAUUUUUUGUUAUUUAACUAACUAGAAAAAUGUAAACACAUAAAAUGUGAACAUCCUCAGAGAGAUUGACCUUAUAUUUAGUUUGUGAGCCACGUGUCACAGACAAUGUGAGUUCA